GACAAUUACCCGCCUACUUCAUUAAGUAGGAGGUGGGUUAGUGGAGUGGUGAAGGGUGCCGGAUGGCUGACGGGGCUGGCAGCGAAUAUGACCGGUGCUGGGUCGUGGGCGGAGGCGUUUGCCAAGGCUAAGCAGAUGGUGGGGAGGAUGACGGUUGAGGAGAAGGUGGGUAGGCCAGCGCAGUUGCUUUCUAGGGCGCGUUGUUCUGGGUGCUGGUUCAUGGGUGAAGCUGACCAGGGGAUAGGUCAACUUGACCGGGGGCCAAUCGUCCUACACCGGGUGUGUUGGCUAUCUGCCGGCCAUUCCGCGUCUCAACUUCUCUGGGAUGUGCCUGGGCGACGCUGGCAACGGCCUCCGAGGGACCGACUUCGUCAGCAGCUGGCCGAGCGGGAUCCAUGUCGGUGCCAGCUGGAACAAGGCGCUCGCCCGCCAGCGCGGCGCGGGUAUGGGCGGAGAGUUCAAGACCAAGGGCGUGAAUGUGCUCCUUGGGCCCGUCGUCGGUCCGGCCGGCCGGGUGGUCUUGAGCGGUAGGAACUGGGAAGGCUUCUCAAGUGACCCCUAUCUGUCAGGUGCUCUGGCGUACGAAACGGUUUCGGCAGUGCAGGCUGCUGGGGUCAUCACGAGCACCAAGCAUUACAUCGCCAACGAGCAAGAGACCAACCGGAACCCUUCUGGUGAUGUCGAGUCGGUCUCGUCCAACAUUGAUGACCGGACGAUGCACGAGGUCUACCUCUGGCCCUUCCAAGAUGCUGUCCACGCCGGCAGCGGCAAUAUCAUGUGCUCGUACAACCGGCUGAAUAACUCGUACGGCUGUGCAAACAGCAAGACUCUCAACGGCCUUCUCAAGACCGAGCUAGGCUUCCAGGGCUGGGUCGUCAGCGACUGGGGCGCCCAACACGCCGGGGUCGCCGCAGCCCUGGCCGGCUUGGACGUCGCAAUGCCCAGCGGCGAUGCAUUUUGGGGAUCUCACCUCGUAGAGGCCGUUAAAAAUGGCUCGGUCCCCGAGUCCCGCCUCGACGACAUGGUGACAAGAAUGCUGGCCUCGUGGUAUCAGAUGAGCCAGGACAAGGACUUCCCCAAGCCCGGCGUGGGCAUGGCGGCAGAUAUCACGAAGCCUCACCGGAUUGUCGACGCAAGAAACUCUUCUUUCCGCUCAACAUUGCUCGACGGUGCCGUGGAAGGCCACGUCCUGGUCAAGAAUGUGCGCAACGCCCUGCCCCUAAAGCAGCCCAAGAUGCUGUCCAUCUUCGGCUACUCAGCCAAGAAUCCCGACGUCAACGACCCCACCGGCGGGCUCUCGCCGUGGCUCUACGGCGCGGAGUCGUUCAACUACACCGAGUUUGGCAACGCAUUCUUCGGAGAGUCGCAGGACUUCGGGCACACGGCCAUCGCGUUCAACGGCACGAUCUACUCGGGCGGCGGGUCCGGAGCCACGUCGCAGUCCCUGGCCGUCUCGCCCUUCGACGCGCUGGUCCAGCAGGCCUACGACGACGGAACGGCGCUCUUCUGGGACUUUGUCAGCGGCGCGCCGCUCGUCAACCCGGCGUCGGACGCCUGCCUCGUCUUCGGCAACGCGUACGCCACCGAGGCCGCCGACCGGCCGGGCGUGCGCGACGACUUCACCGACGGGCUCAUCAAGCACGUCGCCGACAGCUGUAACAACACGAUCGUGGUGCUGCACAACGCCGGCAUCCGGCUGGUCGACCAGUUCGUCGACCACCCCAACGUGACGGCCCUGCUGUUCGCCCACCUGCCCGGCGAGGCCUCGGGCCGCGCGCUCGUCGACCUGCUGUACGGCCGCGCCAACCCCUCCGGCAAGCUGCCCUACACCGUCGCGCACAACGAGUCGGACUACGCCGUCCUGGGACCCGACCGGCCCGCCGGCGCCUUCGCCCGCUUCCCACAGAGCAACUUCACCGAGGGCGUGCUGGUCGACUACCGGCACUUCGACGCGCGCAACAUCACGCCGCGCUACCCGUUCGGCUUCGGCCUGAGCUACACCACCUUCAACUACAGCAACCUGACGGUGCGCACGGCGGCGGGCGCCAGGCUCGACGAGUACCCGAUCGGCGAGGUGCUCGAGGGCGGGCCGCGCGACCUGUGGGACGUGCUGGUCAACGUGACGGCCGAGGUGGCCAACACGGGCGGCGUCGCCGGGGCCGAGGUGGCGCAGCUGUACGUGGGCAUCCCCGCGGAGGGCGCGCCGGUGCGGCAGCUGCGCGGGUUCGAGAAGCCGUUCCUGAAUGCGUCGAGCAAGGCGACCGUGUCGUUUGGCCUCACCAGGAGGGACCUGAGCGUGUGGGAUGUCGUGGCGCAGAAGUGGCGCCUGGUCAGGGGCGAGUACACGAUCGAGGUGGGCGGCAGCAGUCGGGAUUUGCCGCUCGUUGGGAAGAUUACGAUUUGAUGGGUUAAUGUCUGGGAUGAGGAGUUGGUUUGCUUUUGUGGUACUUUAGGUAGGUGUAAAGCAACGCAAGCAACGGAAUGAUGGGAGGGAUAUGGCUAGCGAAGGGGACAAGGGACAUGUCGAUAAUUAA